AAACCAAGACAAAGAUAUUAAAAAAUAAAAAUAAAAACGAGAGGUGGAAAUUAAAAGCAGAGAAUACGAGAGGUUCUCAAGUGCAAGGGCAGAAAUUGGACGAAAGGUUUGGGAAGACAUAAAGGGUUCUCUCUCUAGUGCCAAGUCUUCUUCUGCUCAAGCAGAGUUCAGUUCAACAAAUCUACAAGUUUAUUCUGAAACAAUGGCGUGUGUUGGAGGUCAGAUCUAUUUUGCUGCUCUAAAGUCGGUUUAUAACGGAAUUCUGCAACCCAAAAGGCUGCCAUUUUCACCUCUCCCGCACUAUAAUAUGCCGAGGAGGGCGAUGAAUCUGCAAUCUAAUGCUUCUUCUGAUAACAUUGAAGGUUCGCCAAAAUGGGAGGAUAAAGGCUUAUUGAAGAGUAAAGAACUAUAUAACUAUGUUCUUGAAACUAGUGUAUACCCAAGAGAACCCGCAUCUCUCAAAGAAAUAAGAUCCAUAACAGAAAAUCAUCCAGAAUUCUUCAUGGGAACAACACCUGAUUCAGGUCAACUGAUAUCCAUGCUCUUAAUUCUCUUAAAUGCCAAAAACACCAUCGAAAUCGGAGUUUUCACUGGAUACUCUCUGCUUCUCACUGCUCUUACAAUCCCUGAUGAUGGCAAGAUCCUAGCAAUUGAUCCUGAUCGACAGUCUUAUGAAAAGGGCCUACCAAUCAUUCAAAAAGCCGGGGUUGAGCAUAAAAUAAAUUUCAAGGACUCACCAGCUUUACCUGUUCUUGAUAAACUACUAGAAGAUGACAUAAACAAAGGUGGUUUCGAUUUUGCAUUUGUGGAUGCUGAUAAAUCGAAUUAUGGGAACUAUCACGAGAGACUAGUGCAGUUGGUGAAAGUUGGAGGUUUGAUUGUGUAUGAUAAUACGUUAUGGUAUGGAACACUUGCAAUGCCAGAGGAAAGAGUUGUUGAUGAGUUGAUGAGAAAAGAGAGAAGUUACUUACUUGAGUUAAACAGAUUCCUUGCUGCAGAUAAACGUAUUCAAAUUUCUCAAGUUCCGGUUGGUGAUGGAAUUACAAUCUGCAGGCGACUCUUUUGAGGAAAAUAGCAAGAUAAUUAUGUAUUUACAAAAUAUCAUUUCACAUUUUCACUUCAUCCUGUUUCAUCAAAUCAAAGGUGUGAUAUAGUUCCAAAGGAUGAAUUUUAUCCAAUAAAUAAAGUAGGAGUAAGGCAUGUAUCCUACUUUCCUCAAACCCCACUUAUGGGAAUUACACAAUUUUGGUAUGUUAUUGUUAGCAAAUACCCCCAAUGAUGCAUACAAUAUAUAUAUAUAUAGCUCUCUUGCUAGGCAAAUCUCUCCAUCUUUUAAUUGCUUAAAGACAUUAUGCGGAUGAAACUACCUAUAUUGUCUGUAAAAACUAUAAUUCCCAUUACAAAAAGAAAGUCAAGAUUUGGUUCC